AUUAUAUAAAAUUUAAUACUUUAAUUUACGUUUUAGAUUUCUUAAUUUGAUGAAUUCAACCAUUAAAACGAUCGAAAAAGGUGCUUUCAACGGUUUAAACAACUUAAACGAGCUUAACUUAGAAGAAAACAACUUGGAAAUCUUCGAUUUAAAACACUUAGACAUCGAGGGAUUACGAAUUCUAAAACUUGGAGGAAAUAAUUUCACAUUCUUCGAUAAUUCUUUAUCGAAAUUACCAUCCCUUCAAUAUUUAUCGAUUCAAUUUUGCAACAUCACGAGAAUAUCGAAAGAUGUUUUUACGAAAAAUAAAAAUCUAAUUAAAAUUGAUUUAACUGAAAAUUUAUUGGUCGACUUAAAACGAGAGGUUUUCGAGAAUUUAGGGGUUCUAAAAGAAUUGAAAUUGGGGGGAAAUAAUUUUAGCGAAAUUCCGUUUUUAGCGCUAAACAUUUCUAGUUUAGAAACGUUAUCGUUGGAUAGAAAUAAAAUUUCUUCAUUCGAAGCGAACAAAUUAAACAAACUGGUGAAUUUGAAAGAUUUAGAUUUAAGUGGAAAUCGGAUUUCUUCAAUCUCCGGGUUUGCGUCUUUAAAUUUGAGCCAAUUAACGUCGGUGGAUUUGAGUUCGAAUCAAUUGGCUGCGUUACCGACGAAUUUUUUUCAUUUUUCUUUACAAUUAAAGCGAAUUCAUUUGGCUGAAAACCGAUUUAGACAAAUACCAACUUCCGCUUUAUCAGAAACAACUUUACCCAAUUUAAAUUGGUUAAAUUUAACCGGAAAUCCUUUGGUGAGAGUCCACGAUAUUGGGAUUACAGGGAAAUAUCCCGUUUUGGAAGAAAUUUACAUCACACACACAAAUUUAACGAUUGUAACCAGUAAAGAUUUUGAAUCUUUCCCAUCUUUACAACACAUUUACUUGGGAAAUAAUAAAAUUAGCCGGAUUUCUCCUGGUGCUUUUGGAAGCCUCCCAAAUUUAUUAACAUUAGAUUUAAGGAUAAAUGAGUUGGAGUUAUUACCGCAAGAAAGAUUACAAGGUUUAACUCAUUUAAGAUUAUUAAAUUUAACUCAAAACAAAUUAAAAGAACUUGAGGAGUUCCCAAUUGAUUUAAAAUCGUUACAAAUUCUUGAUUUAUCUUACAAUCACAUCGGAAGGAUUGGAAAAUCGGUUUUUCAACACUUAGAUAAUUUAGUUGAGCUUUAUCUCUUCGGAAAUUGGAUAUCUUCAGUUUCAACGGAUGCAUUUAAGCCGUUAAAAAAACUAAGGAGUUUGGAUUUAAGCAGGAAUUAUUUGGAAAAUAUCCCAUUGAGUGCUUUUCGCCCUUUGGAAACUCAAAUAAGAUCUUUAAGAACUGAAGAAAACCCUUUAUCGUGUAGUUGCGAUUCUCACGAAUUGUGGGAAUGGUUGAGGGAUCAUCAGAAAUUGGUCGACCCGGCUUUGCAUUCGUUAAAAUGCGAGCAUCCCCCCGAAUUAAGAGGGAGGGUUUUUUUGAAUUUAAAACCGGAGCAGUUUUGUGAUCAACCCUUAAUUAUAAAAUUGGCCAUUCAGGAUAUCCAACCUUUCUCGGUUUUAGUUUCCUGGCAAAGUAGGAAUCAUUCGGGUCUUCAUGGAUAUCAAGUUGUUUAUCAUUCUAUUGAUGGACUUGAUGAAAUUCGCGGAAAAAUGUUAGAUCGUUUUUCGAGGGCAACAAAAUUAUCACGAUUAAUUCCCGGCACCAGAUACUUGAUUUGCGUAUUAGCCCUCGGCAACUGGCUAUCGCAACUCCCGGAAGUCUUCGGAAAUCGUCCAGGAACAACCCAUCGAGAUUCUAGCAGUAGUUCUAGUAAUAGUUGGGGGGAAACCUUCACCGAAGCGAUGCUCCCUCUACUCGUCGACUCGCAAACGAGUAAAUGCACCGAAGUCACCACUCUUGGUCAUCCGGGGAGCAGCAUUUCCGGUAGUCUGGGUAGUGGUGUACCCGACGACGACGACAUCGACGACUCUGACCGUUCCUUGGGGACACAGUCGAUUCUAACUCGUAGAUUGGGUUUGAUAAUCGGAUGUUGUAUGGGUUUCGUUGUGUUCGUCGUCUUGGUCUCGGUACUCGGCUACUUGAAAGUGAAGAAGCAACGGGCUGCGGUGAAGAGAGACCCACCAAUGCCACCGGAAUAUAUUUCGUAUCGUCACUUUAGUAUACAAAGUGGGGAAACUCACGGUGGUGGCCAUCCGCAUUUCAUAACGAGCAUGAAUACCACUAGUUUAAAUUGAAUUUUAGAGAAGUGGGGAGUUCGAGUUAUAAGUUAACAAUGGGGAAAUUGGAGUUUUGUGAAGGGUCAUUAUUGGAUCAUAUCACUAAUGGGUAAAAAAGAAUAACAGAAAUAAAUGUAAUAGAAACAUGGGCGAACAAA